AUGCCCCCUCUCUCCUCCUCCUCCAUUGAGCCCCAUCAGCAGAAAGAUGGCAGUCACGAGGGGGGAAAGGCUGCCGGGAGCGCGGGUCCGGUCUCGGGUCCCUACAGGGGACCAACGCGCGCGGGCCUCCCGCCUCGCCGCCCGCCCCCUGCCCUGACUCCCCGGCGCUCGCGGGAAGGCGCCCACCGGGCCCGCCCCGAAUUUCCGCCCCACCCGUUCCUUCCUCUGCAAGGGGCCACGACCCGGGCCCGGCGCAGCUCGGGCGGCGAGGGGUUCACAGCCGCUGGGCCCCAGCGGGCCGCUCCGCCGCGCGUUCCGCCCGCGCCCGCUUCCCCAACGGCAGGGCCGCGCCCCCCGCCGCCCGCGUCCCCGGCCCGCGCCCCCGGCCCGCGCCCCCGGCCCGCCGGCCGCUCGGGCCGCACUCACAUCCGUCCCGCGUCGUCCGGCGCGUCCUCCUGCAACAGCGAGAGGUCUGCGGGCGGGAGAGGAGAGGCCGGUCAGCGCCCCGCCCGACGGCGUCCCCCCGCCUCCCUCACGGCCGCCCCCCUCCGCCUCCCCGGGACGCCCCCCUUCUCCGCGCCGGGACCCCCUCCCGCCCGGCCGGCGGUAUUCGGGCCGGCGAGCAGGGCGGGCGCGGGGAGGCGGCGCCGCCGAGCCCGGGCACGUACCCGCCAUCUUGUGGUCGCCCCCUCCUCCUCGGUCUCCCGGGAUCCGGGGCUACAUGGACGCGGCGCGCGCCGGAGCCCGGGCACGCGCGGGCGGGCGCGAGGCGGCGGCGGGGUGCGCGCGGGCGGCGGCGGGGGGCGCGCCGCGCCGGGAGUCGGGCCGGGGUGCGGCGGGACGCCGGGGGCGGGGCGGACGGGCGGCCCCGUGGGCCUCCGCCUGCCGGGACUCCCGGCCUCCCCGCUGCUCGGGCCGGCGGCGGCGGCGCUCACACUCUUGGCCGAGGCGCUGCGAACGGGCGCGGGCUGCCGCCGACCGGACCCGGGGUUGAAGACAUAUCCCUCAGACUGCCAUUCCCAAGGAGGACAACAAGUAUUUUCCUUUUUGAGGGGAUAAUUACCAAUAUCUUAUGAAAAUCCUCCUAUACAGUUUGGUAAAUUUUGUAAAGGUAAAUAUUUGUGUAAAAUUUUUCUUGCCUUUCCUCUCUGUGCUUCUUCUGGCCCGUUGUAAAGCUCCAUGUCAAGAUGACAUUCUAAAAUGUGAAAUCUUAGUUUUUCCUAGAGCCUUGAUAGUUUGGCUUUAUUUUGAGUUUUGUUUUUUGCUUGUUUGUUUGUUGUCUUUAUUAGAGAAGUUAUGCAUUUACAGAACAAUCAUGCAUAAAAUACAGGAU